AUGCCUCUUGAUCCCUUGACCGCGCUAGGUGUUGCGAGCAACAUUAUCCAAUGCGUGGACUUCACUGUAGGGCUGAUUUCCAAAACCCAUGAGAUAUACAAGUCGGCGGACGGAGCGUUGGUCGGGAAUCAAGAUCUCGAAGUCAUUGCCAGAAAUUUAGUUGGGUUGACAGAGAACCUACAAAACGAUCUCAACUACCAUUUACUUCCCCUGGGCGGCCCAAACUCCCCAAGUAACACCGAAACGCGAGAAAAUGUUGAGCUCGGUGCGAUCAACACAAAAUGUAGUGAGGUGGCUACUGAACUUCUUGGUGCAUUGAAUAAGCUCAAGGUUGCAGCUAAACAUUCAAAAUGGAAGAGUUUUAGGAAAGCUCUGAGAAGUGUUUGGGAUGAGGACAAGAUCCAAGUUGUUUUGGUCAAGCUUUCGGGGUGCAGGGCAGCGCUUGAUACUGAACUCCUGAUCUCAUUGAGAACUAGUAUGAACAGCGCCUCUUUUGAUCAGUUUCAGGGGUUCAAAGCCUUGGACAGAAGUACACACAAUAUAAACCAAAAUCUCACUGCGCUCCGAGCAGACACCUACAGAAACCAACAGGAGAUCCUGAAGGCUAUACAACAGCAUCACUGGGAUGGAGAAAACCCCAACCAUGUGGCACAGUUCUCCACCAAGGUCACUCAAAUGGUAGACAAGGAGAGUAUUGCUCUUCUUCGACAAAAGUUUCUUGACAGACUUAGUUUUCGAAGGAUGUCUGAUCGACAGGAAGAGAUUCAUCCUGCUCACGAAGAGACCUUUAACUGGAUAUACCAGCCCGCGGCAGGCCAGCCUUGGGGAAACUUCAGGGAAUGGCUCCACCAUGGGGAAGGGUUAUAUUGGAUCACAGGGAAGGCUGGUUCUGGCAAGUCCACCCUGAUGAAAUAUCUGUACAAUAAUCCGACUUCUACAGAGCUACUUCAAAUAUGGGCAGGGGAUCUCCCUUUGAUAACCGCCAGUUACUAUUUCUGGGACGCUGGAACUUCGAUGCAAAAAUCCCAAAUUGGCUUGCUUCAGUCCCUUCUCUACGAAUGUCUAACGCAGUGUGAGGACCUUAUACCUCAUAUAUUCCCGUCUCGUUGGCGAUGUUAUGAAAAUAUUGGCGACGAUUCAUCCCCGUGGAGUCGAACAGAGUUGAUACAAGCAUUCGACCUGCUAUUGAAGCAAGACGGCCUAUCUGCGAAAUUUUGCUUCUUUGUGGACGGCCUUGACGAAUAUGAUGGGAGCAAUAGAGAGAUUGUUGAACUAUUCCGAGGUGUCGCUGCUUCUUCAAUGGUCAAAAUCUGCCUCUCCAGUAGGCCACUUCUUGAGUUUGAAGACGCCUUUGGUAAAUAUCCUAAAUUAAUGCUUCAGGAUCUGACCCAAAACGACAUCAAGCUCUAUACCGAGAGUGAGUUUGGAAGAAGUGAGAGAUUUCUGAAACUAGGGCAACGCGAGCCAGAGCGUACUCUCCUUUUAGUUAAAGAGAUUGUCAACAAAUCAGCCGGUGUGUUUUUAUGGGUGAUUCUAGUUACUAGGUCAUUACUUGAAGGGCUUCAGAACUGUGAUAAGAUAUUCGAUCUCCAAAGACGGUUGGAGGCGCUACCGGCAGAUCUUGAGGAUCUCUAUUUUCACAUGAUGGAACAUGUUGACGAAUUAUACAAACAACAAGCUUCUCAUUUUUUUCGAAUAGUACUCCACAAACGGGGCCAGGAUCCCGAGAUAAAACCGCUUGACCUAGCAUUUGCCGCAGAGGAAGAACCCAAUUUUGCCAUCACAACACAAGUACGGCCAUUGGAGGAGUCGGAAAUUUCUUUCUGGCUCGAAGAAACAACCCGUCGCAUUAAUAGUAGAUGCAAAGGCCUUCUAGAAGCCAGAACCGGUUGGGGAGAUUGUCCCGAGGACCGAGUACGUAUUCACUUUCUCCACAAGACAGUCAAAGACUUCAUGGAAACAUCUAAAAUCCGGGAGACUAUCGUUUCACAAUCUGCAGCUGGCUUCAAUCCAGAUGUUGCUAUGAUGAAGUCGGUUCUCGUCCAGCUCAAAGUCUUCCCGGGACAAAAAACCAGCUUUAGGCUCUCCCAUCUUGAGAAGGAAUUUAUGCAAUAUGCGGCCAAAGCUGAGAUCACCUCAGGCCAAGCUCACCCCUCGUUGAUGCAGAAUUUCUACGAGACAGCAAAUCAAAUAGAGAGCAUGUGUGCGAUACCCAAAGGGAAAUCUCGAUAUAAACGCCCUAAUUCCUGGGUUCGUGAGGUUAUGAGGAGCUACUUCGAUCUUGAUGAGGAACCAUAUUUUCUUUCAUUAGUCGGCCUUUAUAGUAUGGACCUUUUUGUAGCUGGGAGGUUAGAACAAGAUAAGCAACUACUCGCGAGUAAAGCAGGAUCCCAGCUUCUUUACUCCGCUACUAUCGGCGCGGGAUUCCCUCCUGAUGACUCUCAACCCGCCAGCUCUAAACUUGUGCGGCUCUUACUCGACCAUGGGGCGGACCCCAAUGCCACCGUUCAAGAGUACACAAUGUGGGAGCAGUACCUACGCUAUUUAUAUGAGGGUUACGGACCGGAAAAAGACUGCGAACCUGGCCAGAUGUUGAAUAUUGUCGUAAUAGAGGUCAUGCGCCUACUGGUCGCGGCCGGUGCCAACCCCGAAGCAUGCUGUUGGGUGAAUCAUCUAGAAAGAAAAGUCCCGGCGGUCACAGUUCUCACCGAAUCAUUUGGGAAAAGAUACCCAAAGCAGAUAAUUGACCUUAAACAAUUGAUCCGACAGAAACUAGAAGAAAAGGUUGGAUGCCUACGCGCCAUGGAGAUAGAAGAUGAGUGGUACCAGAUGUUGCUGGAGUGGCGUCGGGUGAAGGAUGAGGACCAAUUUGACGAUUGGUCUGAGGAGGAUCACAGGCAUGCAGUGGUUGCAGCAAAGCGGAUAGCCAUCGCUAAUUCUAAGAGGUGGAAAAUAUUAACCAUAUUCAAGAAACCCGCGGUUUUGAAAAAUUUGGAAGGACUCUGGCAUUUUAAGGAACCUCGACAGAAGCCGCGACGCCGAUCGAGGCUCAUCAGGCGGAACCGAAUACAUAGUGAAGGUAGCGGCUCUGGCGAAAGGAAUAAUCCUUGGGGAAGAAUCAACAGAAGUCUAUUGAGUCAAGUGCUCAUUAUGAUAGUCAUACUAGUCCCCACUUCAAUCUUGUUGCGCUUUGUUGGAAAGUCCGAACAGCAGUUGGGUAUUUGA